AUCUAUGAGAACCCAGUUAAACCACAACAAUGCUCAAUCUAAAGUUUUUUCUCUUCCAAACAAACACUGUGAUGGCCAUUUCCUAUCCUGCAGAAUGAAUACUCAAUUUUGCAGAACACCACCCCAUCACGUGCAUGCACCCAUCAUCCCCACUUCCCACUUCCCUUCCUUGUACACUGUCUCACCCUCCCACCCACGUUUCUUCUUUCAUGCCAAUUUCUCAGCUUCUCCCACUCCCAUCUUGGAAGAAGAACCUUCUUCCAACACCCCCAUCAUCCAUGUUGUGGAUGUUAACUUUGAUGUUCAGCAGCAAUAUUCCAAGCCAGAACCUGAGAACUUGAACGAGUUUUUAUGUGGGUUGUUCGAGGAUCCAAAGACCAAGGAGCUUGCUUUUGACUACUACCAAAGGUUGAAAGAGAGGCCAGAGUUUAGACCCGAGAAGCCAACACUGAAGCAUGUGAUCAGGUACUUGGUGAGUUUGAAGAGUUGGGAUUCCAUUUUGUCGGUUUCAGAUGACUUUAAGGUUUACCAUGUGUUGCCUGAUAGGGCUACUUGCUCUAGGUUGGUUAAGUUUUGCAUUGAGCAUAGGAAAUUCAGGGUUGCUGAGGCCCUGCUUGAUGUUUUUAAGUCUGAUAGUAAGGUUGCUUUCAUGGCUUUUAGUUCUGCCAUGAGAAGUUACAACAAGCUGCAUAUGUUUAGGAACACUGUUUUGGUCUUUGAAAGAAUUAGGUCGAGUAAUGUUGUUCUGGAUUCGAGAGGUUAUUUACACAUUAUGGAAGCUUACUCUAAACUUAAUGAGUGUGAGAAAGUGGUUCAGUUGUUUCGUGAAUUUGAGAGUAGGAAGUUAAGAGGUCCAACAUGUUUAGCUCAGAUAUAUGAGAUUCUGUGUGAGUCAUUAGCGAGGUGUGGAAGAGCUUCUGAAGCACUUGAUUACUUUAGAGAGAUGACUAAGAAAGGGAUUUCUGAAUACUCAAUUUACUCUAAAUUGAUAUACUCUUUUGCGAGUUUGGGCGAGGUUGAUGUGGCUGAGGAACUUGUAAGAGAAGCUAAAGGAAAAACGACGAUAAAGGACCCUGAGGUCUAUUUAAAGCUUGUGCAUAUGUAUAUUGAAGAGGGUUUGUUGGAGAAGACUUUAGAAGUUGUCAAGGAAAUGGAGGAUGCAGAUGUCAAGGUUUCUGAUUGUAUACUAUGUACUGUUGUCAAUGGCUUCAGCAAGAAAAGAGGGUUUUCAGCCGCAGUUAAGGUUUUUGAGGAGCUGAUUUCCAAGGGCAAUGAACCGGGUCAAGUCACCUAUGCUUCAGUUAUAAAUGCAUAUUGGCGUCUUGGGCAAUAUAGCAAAGCAGAAGAGGUGUUUUUAGAGAUGGAGCAAAAGGGGUUUGAUAAAUGUGUUUAUGCUUAUUCAACCAUGAUUGUGAUGUAUGGAAGAACGGGGAGGGUGAGAAGCGCGAUGAAGUUGGUGGCCAAGAUGAAAGAAAGAGGGUGCAAACCAAAUGUGUGGAUCUACAACUCCUUGAUAGACAUGCAUGGGAGGGACAAGAAUUUGAAGCAACUUGAGAAGCUGUGGAAAGAAAUGAAGAGACGAAGGGUAGCACCGGAUAAGGUGAGUUACACUAGCAUUAUUGGUGCUUAUAGUAAAGCAGGAGAGUUUGAAACCUGUGUGAAGCUUUUCAAUGAGUAUAGGAUGAAUGGGGGGCUUAUUGAUAGGGCCCUGGCAGGCAUAAUGGUUGGUGUGUUCUCUAAAGUCGGUCAGGUUGAUGAAUUGGUGAAACUCUUACAGGACAUGAAAACAGAAGGAACAAGACUAGAUCAGAGGCUGUACCAAUCUGCUUGGAAUGCUUUCAAAGAUGCUGGGUUGCAACUUCAGGCAAGGUGGAUGAAAGAGAGCUUCCUUGUGACAUAGUGUUCUUUCAAUUUUACAAAUUGUGGCAAAAUCUGAAGCUGAAAUAUUCGAAACCGGUGAGUAAUUUGAUGCUUGUUGCUUUUUCAGGCACUUGAGGUGUACAAAAAGAUCUAUCAUAAUAUAUAUCAUGUAUAGGUUUUUGAAAUGAAAGGCUCUGGCUUGUACAUUUUAGCUUUAUGCCGUUUCUAUUGUAUGCUUCCAAAACCAAAUUGUACUCAAGAAACGUCUUUCAAUUAUGACUUCCAUAAUCAAAGUAAAAGGCCAUUAGUAGCAGCACAAGAUGGAA